CGUGUAAUUCCGACGCAGGUUUUAUCUGAGAUAUUUUUCGGAAACUUAUGUCUACCAAAAAUCGAAACUAUAGAAAGAAAACGAAAACUUUGAGUGACGAAGAACUCGCUGAAGAUCAAAAAACUCCCAAAAGUAUCGUAAAAGAUGAAAAUUUAGAAGAUAUUAGUGAAACAAUUGAAGAACUCAUCGAAUUACGCAAGUAUCGAAAAAGGCCACAAGGUAUCGACGCAGAAAAACUAUCAAAGGGAGAAACUAAAGCUAAGAAAAAGAAAAAAGAUGAUAAAAUAGCGGCUAGUGAUUUAGACGAGUUGGAUGAAAUUGGAGAAAAUGAAAAAGAUGAUGAAGACGAAGAGGAGGUACAAAAGAAGAAAAUUAUGCUUGAUUCGUUCACCAAACAAACCAAUGCAUUAGAUGUAGAUAAACAUAUGAUGGCUUACAUAGAGGAAGAAAUGCGUAAGAGAAGAGGCAAAAAGUCAGAUGCAAAAAAUGAGCACGAAGAUGAAGAACCUUCAAAGCCUUUGAAUCCUCAAGAUGAGCUUUUUCAGGCUCCGGACCACUUGAGAGUUGAAAGCAAACCGAUAUCAGAGGGUAACGUACAAUUAUCAACAACUAUGUUAACUGCUAUACCUGAAGUCGACCUCGGAAUAGAUGUUCGGCUAAAAAAUAUUGAAGAGACAGAAAAAGCAAAGCGCAAGUUGUUAGAACAACGACACCAAAAACCUAAAGAUGAGAAAGAUACAUUUGAAGGGUCAAAUUUUUCUGCGACAAAUAGAUUUUAUCGAACUCGCCCGACUGUGAGUGAUCAUGAAAGAACAAAUAACGAUCAACCAAAUCAAAAUUCACACAAGACUGGACAAAGGAGAGAAAUGGCCACAGACGAUCUUGUUGCGGAAAGAUUCAAAAAGAGACUACGACGCUGAUAAAUAGUCUAGAAUUCUAUGGAGGAUAGUUACUUAUUUAUACAAUAUAUCGGACUGACGUCCGGAACAAAUUCUUCUCGAUACAAUAGAUCUAUAAAAUUUUACCAAUUUCAUUGUCUGUUAUAUCAGUUAUUAUUAAAAUCUAGAAAUUGUUUUAUAAUCAAAGAAUAAUAAAUACGUAACAGAUAAUAGUUAUAAGCUACAAUCACGUGAUGAUUGUUAUAUUCUCUGAUUGUAGAUGGAUAAUCUACAAAGUUCGUUUUUUUUGUUU